AUGGACAACAGUAGCCUUUUCCACGCGGUUCUUCUGUCUCUAGGAUUCAAGGCAUACAUGGUGGGCGCCAGAGAAUACGGCAAGGAAUCUUCUAGAUACGCAGGGCUUACACACUGCCUCAAUAUUGCCAUGAUUCACAACGUUCGCCACGCUGUUGACGUGUACUUUGGCGCCAAAGUUCCAGUAAUGCCACUCAAACUCUCUCAUAAUCAAGUCCAGCAGCACUUGCGACCCGGUCAGAUGCACGCACCGUAUGGUAGUAUAUAUGAGCAUCGUAUCGACGACCAAGCCUCGUGGAUUGCUCAAUACGGUGUUCCAAAUUUCGAAUUGCUGCUUGAGGAUAUUCGGGUAUUAAAUUUUACUCCAUCAAGAAGUUCAUCAAGUUUGGUUUGCGUGAGGCUCACCCAGCAGGAUGAGUGUUAUUCAAGCAGUCAGCCUUCCCAUGACCACCAGGCCGUUGGUCAUGAUCAUGGAGUGGAGACCAAGACCGUCGGGGCCAUUGAUGAGGCACUGUUUAGAAAGGGAGGACAGAAGAAGUGGGAGCGGACAUUGAAAGAUGAAGAUGAAAGAGCAGAGAUCCUGAGCCAAUAUUUCGAGAUUCAUCUAACGAGGGCUGAACCAAGGGCCAUUAAAGGAACUGCCGCAGACAUUUCUGAGCAUCGAUCGAGUGUCUCUCGCGAAAUGGGGUUUUAG